AUGGUGGAGGAAUUAGAGGACUUGGAAAUUAGAGAAAGAAUUUUUGAAACAGUUCUAGAAAUAAUUAAUAAUAAAGAUCAAAAUAAUUCAUCGAUAGAAUCAUUACUACUGCCAUUAGGGCUAGGAAGACCGAUAUCACGCGAGGAUGUGUUUAGAGAAUUGGAAGAACGUUAUUUGACCCCAAGAACGUCAUUCCCAACUUCAUGGCUAUCUAAGUGUCAACAAUACUGGGAACGUGACCCUGAUUUUAUAUCACUUACCUCAUUGAAACCUUCAAAAUCUCGGACUACUUUGGAAAUAGUACGAGACGGACCAGAAGGAAAUAUAAUCGGUUAUAAAGAAGUAACAAUUGGGGAAUCCAUCAUUACUUCUCAAAAUUCAACAUCAUUUUUGCGUGAACCUGGUGCAUUGAAGAAUUUUGUAAGGGGAAAGUCCAGUUAUCUUCCGUUUGCACCUGGUGGAUUGGAAUCCGAAGCGAUUAUUGAUACAAUAAAUGAAAUUGCUAAAGAACCUGAUGUACUGACAUUUGGGGAAGAUGAAUUAUUAACAGUGCCUCCUGGAUUCGAACGUGGUUUAAUUCGUGAAGACGAACUACCUCAAUCAAGCCCGACGCAGAAUAAAUUUGUAGCGGGAUUAAAUAUUACAGACAUGAUAGUACAUGAAGAAGAUGAACUUGUAGAACUCCUUGAACCUGUUGAUGAGGAUGUUUCAGAAAAAAGUUCUAAAGCUCAACCAAUAGCUGACGAUAUACCAGAUUUAAAAGUCAUACCUCCAGCUAAAGAUGAAAUGGAAAAAGUUUUUGACAGCUUUUUGCCCACACAACCACCACUUCUUGAGGGUUCAAAUGUGCCAACUAAGUCGACAAGUAAUACCAGUAAUCACAAAUGGGCUCAUGUUGUCGAUAUCAACGAUGAUCUUUCUAAUUUCAAAGACUUAGUACCAGAAAUGGCGCACGAAUAUUCAUUUGAGUUGGAUAAUUUUCAAAAGCAAGCAAUAUAUCGUCUUGAGAAUGGUGAUUCUGUAUUUGUAGCUGCCCACACAUCGGCGGGAAAAACUGCCGUAGCAGAAUAUGCUAUCGCCCUUUCAGCCAAGCAUAUGACACGUGCAAUUUACACCUCUCCGAUUAAAGCGUUAUCUAAUCAAAAGUUCUAUGACUUUAAAAAGAUUUUUGAUAAUGUUGGGAUUCUUACCGGCGCCGAUCUAAUCAAAGAAAUUGAGUUUGUGAUAUUCGAUGAAGUACACUACGUAAAUGAUUCAGAGCGUGGUGUUGUUUGGGAAGAAGUCAUUAUCAUGCUUCCUGAACAUGUUCAUCUGGUCCUUUUAUCAGCAACUGUUCCAAAUACCGAGGAAUUUGCUGAGUGGAUUGGUUGGAAACAGGUCAACGAUAUACUGUCAAAAAAAGAUAAGAAAGAAAAGGAUUCUAGGAUAGGUACACGUGGUGCUCGAGGAGCGGUGCGUGGAUAUAGAGGUGGUGGUGGUGGAAGUUUCCGCUCAUUUCAACAGGAUAAAAGCUUAUGGAGCAAUCUUAUUGGUCUCCUUAAAAAGAAAGAGCUUAUUCCUGUUGUCAUUUUUGUUUUCUCCAAAAAAAAAUGCAAUGAAUACGCAAAUUUCUUAACUAAUCUGGAUCUUUGUGUUGCACGUGAAAAAAGCCAGAUUCAUACAACCAUCGAAAAGAGUUUAACACGAUUGAAAGGAUCAGAUAGAAAGUUACCACAAGUAUUAACUAUAAGUGAAUUACUGAAAAGAGGAAUUGCAAUACAUCAUGGGGGAUUACUUCCAAUAAUUAAAGAGUUGGUCGAGAUAUUAUUUGAAAGAGGGCUGGUGAAAGUCCUUUUUGCAACGGAAACUUUUGCCAUGGGUGUUAAUAUGCCUGCACGAGCAGUAGUUUAUUCUGGAAUUAAAAAGCACGAUGGUAAAGGAGUAAGGGAACUAAAUCCAGGUGAAUAUACACAAAUGUCUGGACGUGCAGGUCGCCGCGGAAAAGAUAAGACUGGAGUAGUAAUAAUAACAUGUACAGAAGACGAAGCACCUAGCCCGUCGGUUCUUAAACGGAUGAUUUUGGAUCCGCCUGAAAAAUUAAAAUCUCAAUUUCGCCUUAGAUAUAACAUGAUUCUUAACCUUCUGCGUGUUGAAAAUUUACGCGUCGAAGAGAUGAUUAAACGUAGCUUUUCGGAGCAUUCAACUCAGAUAUUAUUACCUAUAUAUAAACAGUUGUUAGAUAAGAGCGAAAAAUCCCUUAGCUCAUUUCAGAAGCUGGAUUGUACAAUAUGUAACCCAGAUAUAAAAGAUUAUUACGAUAUUUCAACUAGGAUUUUAGAAUUAAACCAUAAACUUUUAGGAAAAAUUAUAUCAACACCACAGGGGAAUAAAUCUCUAAGUCAAGGAAGAAUUGUGAUAAUUAACAACAGUUCUUACAGAAACGUUGUUGGUACUAUCCUAAAACCUUCAUCCACAAAAAGUGAUCGCUCAUUUUGGGUUUUUAUGCUCUUAGGGGAUAACAUGCUAAAUGCUGAAAAAGCUCCUUUACCGGUCACCCGAGUUUUUAUUCCUGAUCAAAGUACGUGUUUCAAUGAGAUCAAAUCUCUUCGUUACACGGAUCUUGCCAUCAUUACAAAAUCCGUAAUUAAACUGGAUCCUGAUGCUGCAAUUGAACGAGAUCAUGAGGAAACAUCUAGAAUAACACAAGAGUUGCUGCGUUACGCAAUAGAAACCCAAACAGCUGGAAUUGUUGAAAAUGAAUGGACCAAAAUAAAAGAGUUUGAAUUUCAAAAAUACUUAGGAGAAAAAACUGAACUGAUGAAUAGAUUGCUCAAUUUCCAAUGCAAUUUAUGUCCUGAUUUUGUUGAACAUUAUGGACAUGUCCAUGCUGAACGACUCCUUGAAAUUAACCACGAAGGUUUAAUGAGCUUUAUGUCGAGCCAAAAUCUUGCAUUAUUGCCGGAUUAUACUCGAAGGACUAAAGUAUUGGAGAAAUUACAACAUAUUGACCAAUAUGGUACCGUACAGCUAAAGGGGCUCGUCGCAUGUGAGAUAAAUUCAGCUGAUGAACUAGUCCUAACCGAACUAAUCUUUGAAAAUGCUUUCGCUGAUUAUGACCAUUCGGAAAUCGUAGCAUUGUUGUCUUGUUUUAUAUUUCAGGAAAAGCUGGAAGAACAACCGGAACUUAUUCCUAAAUUAGAAGAGGGUAAACAAAAAAUUCGUGACUUCGCACUAAAAGUAUUUGAAGUACAAAAACAAUGUAAACUUACUGAUGAUGCUGGUGAUGCUAACGUUAUUAAUGAUAAUGUUAAUCUUAUUUUUGAUGACGUUAUUGACGUUAAUAAAUUUAACUUUGGCCUCGUUGAGGUAGUUUACGAAUGGGCAAGAGGGAAGGAUUUUAUAUUUAUAAAAAAUCUCACUGAAGUAAUGGAAGGUUCAAUUGUUAGAUGUAUUACUCGAUUGGAUGAAACAUGCCGUGAAGUAAAAGACGCUGCAAGAAUAAUGGGAAAUUUAUCAUUAUGUAAAAAAAUGGAGGAAGCACAAAGUUCAGUAAAACGUGAUAUAAUAUUUGCUAAAAGUCUG